AAGAGCUUCGCAUCCCCAUAAAAUAUCGGAAUCGCGGAGCACAUUUCUUCCGUCGUCAUGGAUCAGGGGCAAGAACCCUACAUCGCUCUUUCCCUGUGCGCCUAAGCGAUUGUUGCAACAACCGCCUUCAAAUCGACCCCAGCCAGGCCAUCAGUUUUCCGCUCAGCGAAUUCAACAACACAACACCGCGAUCAUGGCUGACGAAUACGACGCCGAGCAGGCUGCCGAGCUCAAGAGAAAGAGAGCGUUCCGAAAGUUCUCCUACCGAGGAAUCGACCUUGAUCAGCUCCUCGACCUCUCCUCUGACCAGCUUCGCGAUGUUGUCCACGCUCGUGCCCGCCGCAGGAUCAACCGUGGCCUGAAGCGCCGCCCCAUGGGUCUCAUCAAGAAGCUCCGAAAGGCUAAGCAGGAGGCUCAGCCCAACGAGAAGCCCGACCUCGUCAAGACCCACCUCCGAGACAUGAUUGUCGUCCCCGAGAUGAUUGGCAGUGUCAUUGGCAUCUACUCCGGCAAGGAGUUCAACCAGGUCGAGAUCAAGCCUGAGAUGGUUGGUCACUACCUGGCUGAGUUCUCUAUCUCAUACAAGCCUGUCAAGCACGGUAGGCCCGGUAUUGGUGCCACGCACUCUUCUCGAUUCAUUCCCCUCAAGUAAGAAGGUUGCGGUCUCGGGUGGUUUCUGCAUUCAUGGACAUUUUGGGCGAAAAGGACUGGUUCUGGUAGAUGGGCAAAACAUCUAUCAAAAACACUGAUGACAAUGGGUACCAUGAUUAGUACAAUAAAGGAGCAUUGUCCGCUUGAUGACUACCCUCGACUACCGCUGAUGCUUGAUAAUUGUGAUAAUGCUUUUAGAAACCUCAUGUUCCACAUACCCUUCCCCUCUUGGCCUGGCUAACUUGCUGAAAUGAAAAGUCUCAGUUUCAAGUCCUACACGACAUCAUCUUCAUGGUUUGGAGUCCUUGAACAUAUUGCGCGGGUCAAAAUUUGCGAAAAAUCCUUUGAGCACCGCUGCUCAUUCACGGAUUUUGUGGUUCAUCUCCGUCAGUGCCCCCUCGUCUUUUCGUAUCUCGUCCGUCUUUUUUGCGUUUCCGCCUCUUCCAUAUAGGUUCCCUGGUAUUGCAAGGUGAGCAGUCGAAGUGUGAUCGGGCCUCGCCGAAGUCAAUAAAUAUCUCCUCGCCUGCUCUGACAUCCUUGACAAGCGUCACCGUAAUGUCGUAAGCUUCAGCAACGAGGAAUGUUGCCUGUGCACAGUCUGGGCAAGCAUGGUUGAUGUUGGAAACCAAACUAUAGAUAAGAACCCUGGUACCCGAAGGGUCCUGGAAGGCGCAGUCUCGUUUGAACUUGUCGAGGCAUACAGAUUCUGUUGCGUUCAUAUUGUAAUGCCGCAUUUUGCGCAAGGGAGCAAAAGCCUUUGUAAGCUCUUUGCGUUGAUCAACAUCCUUCUGAUUCUAUACUGAAAUUGGAUCGUCGUAGGGAGCAACAAAUAUUGGUUGCUCUGCACGGAUGAUCUCGUGGCCAUGAGGAAGGUCACGAAAGGCAAAAACUCCAGGUUUGCGUUUGAUUCCUGUCUGGCGAGUUUCGAUGUCGAUUUCAGGCCUCACAUCAUGAGAACUCGUUGCCGGCGGGCUCUUCUCCUCUUUAGUCGAUACAGGAACCUCC